ACAAAAAUUAGCCAAUGGAUAUUUAGGAUCCAACCUCAUGUUGGAUGAUCGUAUACAAAUUAUUUUCACUCAAACUGAAGAAUAUACAUGGGUGUUUGAUAGUCGUAACAAAUGUCGAUAA